GUUGAGUAAAAAUCACAUGUGGAUAAUUUGCAACCAAUGUUUAUUAAAAUUUAUGUUUAUUGUAGUUACAGUUAAAAGUUAUCUAAGUGGCAGUCUGUAUCUAGCCUGAGAAUAGAUUGAAGAAUAACUUGGAUGGUGGAAACAGGAGAUGAGAAUAUGUCACCACGUGAUAUUACAAUAUUACAAAAGAAUUAUGAAAAGAAGGCAAAGAAGUCGAGAAAGUUCGAAUUCUUAAAGCUGCUUUAUUCCAAUCCACAGAAGUUGUUACAUCUGAUAAAGGAACUUUAUGACGACAAUACUAUAUUCCAACAAAUAAAAGUCAACUUAUAUCUACAGGCUGAGACUGGCUGUGCCCUAAGCUUUCUGAUAGAGAAGUGCCUCCUGUAUAAUGAGCAUGUUAUCAAAGUGAUUGGAUCCAGGGAAUUGGCAACUCACGUGAGAUAUGAAAAAAAUAACGAAUUUAUAAAAAGGCUUGAAGAUUCAGAAGGACCUAUCACACUGAUGAAGGAACUUUUAAACAAGGAUUUAUUGUUAGAAAUGAUUUCGAUUUCAUACGAUUUCGGAAUCACAGAAACAAUGAAAUACCACUUCUUCCCCAUAUUCCACCCUUACAGAAAGAACGUCAUUUUUUAUUCGUGCCUUGUACAAGAUGCUAAUAACAAUAACGAUAUGGAGACCUUACAUGGAUACGUCGGUGAAUGUUUCAGAUAUUGUCAGGAAAUAAUUGUUAACACAAUGCGAUAUGAUGAACAGAGACUAUACCACUCGAAACAAAAGAAAAUUUUGGAUCUGGGAAUAAGCAAUUUGGAUUUGAUAGAUGACUUCACUGCUUUUUUACCUGUUGUAAGGCAGCAGAUUCUCGAGUUAUCGGAAGCCGAAAGAUGUAACAUAUUCCUCUUGGAAGGUAACGUGCUAGUAUCUCGCAUAUGUGAUUAUGGAGUUUCUUUUGAUACAUUUAGAAAGGAUGUGAAAAACGUAAGAAUACCUGUCGGCGUGGGCGUAUCGGGCACCGUGGCAAAAAUCGAAAAGGGAAUCAACUGCCUGGAUCCCAACACUGAUCCGCUUUACCAGAAGGACUUAGAUGUCUCUGAAGGGCUCAUUUCAAGGAACAUGCUGAGCUUCCCGCUGAUGCUGUACGGGAGGGUGUACGGCGUAGCGGAGGUGUACAACAAGACGACGAGCAACAUGUUCAGCUCCGCAGACGUGAACCAUUGCGAGUGCCUUGGCAGGGUCCUCGGCAUCCAGCUCUACAUGGCUCUAGUGACCAAGAAGAAUCGGGACGAUUACAGCCGGAGGAAUCUUAUCGAUUUCUUCAUGUUGAAGAAUGACAAGGCUGUGGAAUGUAGCGAAUUGCGCUUUGUCGACGAGUGCCAGAUUCGACAUGACUACCACGACUUAGUCGAUUACAUGUUCAUCCCUUCCUCCAUCCCUACUGAGCACAAUAUGUGUGCCUGCCUUCACAUGUUCGAGGAUCUCGAUCUCUUGCAGAAGAUGGGUAUAAACCGAUCUGCUUUCAUCAGGUUUUUGCUGUCUGUUAGAAACAGACAUCAGGUGUUUUCCUUCCAUGGUUGGGAACAUGCUUUCAACACAUUACAUUUUAUCUACACUAUCAUAAAGAAAGAAAACAUUCUUCAAACCGAAACUGUUUCGGCAACGGAAUGUUUCUGUAUGCUGCUUGCGGCUCUCUGCCACGAGAUGGAAUAUUGCGGUCCAACGACACCUUUUAAACCGACCAGUGGAAACACGUUGGGAAGCCUCUACAGCUCAGCCGGGUCAGUCGUCCAGUUCCAUUCCAUCGAUCAAACAGUCCGUCUUCUUGGAGAAAGCAAGAUCUCGAACGAUAUGGAUUUGAAACGAUUCAAAGAAUUUCUCCUGCUUUUAGACGCGAUGAUAUUGGGAAUGGAUUUGGGAAACCAUGUCUAUAACAAGAGUGAUUUGAAGAAAAUGAUCGAUGAGAGAAAGAUUCUUAAAGUGGCGGCAAAUCGAAGACACUAUUUUGGCCUUCUCCUGACUUGCAGCGAUCUCAGCGACUUUUGUAAACCGUGGCAGUACUUGGAAUCUCAAGGGAUCAAGAUAUGCGACGAAUUUUUCAAUAAAGAGAUUACAAGUGAAUGCUACGGACUAAUCGAGUUUUCAGAUAUGUUAGAAAAUGUCAAGUUGAAAAAAAUCUUGCUCCAAAUUCACUUCAUGCAGACAAUUUGCGAGCCUGCGUUCAGCUUGCUGAACACAAUAUUACCCCGGACCGACAGGUGUUCCGAGUCCAUAGAGUUCAACAUGCGGACUCUCAUGAGUGCCAAGGAAAAACUGAUCCAGGCUCAGUUAGAACAAACAACAUAGUUGGAAAACACAUCGCGUCGCAACUUAUAGAAAUAUAUUUUUUCAAAAUAGA